AUGAUAUUUAUUAAUUUAUUUUUAAUUAUUGUUUGUCAAACUGUAAUAGCUAUUGAUAAUAUUCCAAUUUUUAAUUUCAAUGGUAAUUACAGUGAUCCUGACUGUGAAGAUUGCGAUAGUGCUAAAGCUAUGGUUUCUAGAACAUGCAGUAUUUCAACACAACCUACUCAAGUAUCAGAAAUGAAAGAACUAUUUCAAUGUAUUUGUCAAUUACAUGAUGAUUUUUUUGAUGACUUGGCUGAUUGUUUGAAAGAAUGCAGAACAUUUGGUUUAACUAGAAUGGAUUAUGAUGAAGAAAGAUUACGUCGUUAUUAUUGUGAUUUUGCAAGUCGUUUAAAUUCAAUUACAGAUGAAGCAGGAAGUGCUAGUUUUGAUAGUAUAUUAAGUACUAUUUUAUCAUAUACAAAUCAACCAGGUGCUGGUAGAACUACUGACGGUCAAACACAAGUUGGAACAAUCACUACAAAUGACAAUACAAUGGUUGGAAUGGGUACUCAACCUACUCAAGAAGUAGAUACUCAACAGACUGAAACUCCACGUACUCAAGCAAUGAAAACAACAACAGAAACACAAACUCGUGACUCAGGCAAUUCAAAGCAAUUUGCACCAUCAAUCAUAUCUAUUGCAUUAUUUAUUUUGAUAAUAAUUUGA